AUGGAGCAGAGGACGGUACAACUGGAACUCAUCUCAGCCAAAGACCUCAAAGAUGAUGUCAAUUUCUUUACCAAGAUGUCCGUAUACGCCGUCGUUUCAGUCCUCGGCUGCGACCACCGCAGCCAGCAGAAAACCAAAACCUUGGCGGUCAGAAACUGCGGCACUCAUCCCAAGUGGAACAACUUUCCCAUGAACUUCACCAUCGACGAGUACCUGGCCCAGCAGAACCGCCUCGCCCUCCUCUUUAGGCUCGUCUGCAAGCGCCGCCUUCUCGGCGACAAGGACAUAGGCCAAGUCGUUUCUCCCAUUAAGGAGCUUUUCGACGCCAUGGCUGACCCCAGUAAGUGCACCAUGACGUUUGCGGCUUACCAAGUUGUCAGAAAACCAUCAGGAAAGCCCAAAGGUGAACUCCACUUCUCUUACAAGUUCAGCGAUAAAGUCACCGUUUCACCGGCGGCGCCCCCGUACGCUCCACUGCUUUAUGCACCACCGCCGCAUCCUCUGCUGAUGUAUGCUCAGCCGCCGUAUGUGCAGCGGACAUAUGCUCAGCCGCCAUAUGCUCCACCACCAUAUGAUCCUCCUCUGCCUCCGAUUGCUCCGCCACCACAUGGAUAUGAUUACACUCCUUCGGCACCACCGGAAUAG